ACGCCUGAGUCUGUGUUUACUUCUCUUUUGAAUUCAGUUGCUCGUUUUACUCGUUUUUGUUUGUUUGUUUGUUUGUUUGUUUGUUUUUCUCCUGCGCUUCCUCUGAGCGAGAGAUGCCCGAGGAGGACUCGUGCUCUCCCGGAGCCUCUCCACCGGACAGCCUGAGCUUCAGCGACGGAGAGCAGCACGAGCGGCCGGCCAAGCGGAAGAGGAGCGCGAGGAAGAGGCGUUGGAGCCGCACGAGCGGCGAGGAGUCCGACAGCCCGAGCGCGAGGGGCAAGAAGGCGAGCCCGGGAGAAGGAGGAGGAGGAGGAGGAGGAGGAGAAGGAAGCCCUCCGUCCCUCGAGGAGCUGCAGACGCAGCGCGUUAUGGCGAACGUGCGCGAGCGCCAGCGCACGCAGUCCCUGAACGAGGCGUUCGCGGCGCUGCGCAAGAUCAUCCCCACCUUACCGUCCGACAAGCUCAGCAAGAUCCAGACCCUCAAACUGGCCGCGCGCUACAUCGACUUCCUCUACCAGGUGCUGCAGAGCGACGAGCUGGACUCCAAAGCCGCGAGCUGCAGCUACGUGGCGCACGAGCGCCUCAGCUACGCCUUCUCCGUGUGGAGGAUGGAGGGCGCGUGGUCCAUGUCCGCCUCGCACUGACGGAGGAGUGAGAGAGAGAGACGGAGGGAGAGGAAGGAGGCGACGGCCGUCUGCGCUGGCAAGGCAGUCAUGGACCAAAUGCGUGGAGGACAAAAACAAACCGAAUGCUGGAGACGUGCGUUCCUGCGCAGUCGCAGGGAAACUUCAGCCGAGAGCUUCAUCAUCUGAAGACGGGGCUUUACGGAGAGAGAAGGCCGCAGACCGGCUGCUGCGCCCCAGCGCUGGGACUGUGUGAGGGCCUGUGGGAGUGUUCAGGGAUGGACUGGACUUUGGGAAUACUGGGAGAACUCCUGGUGGGCUGCUCUAGCUGCUGGCUGAGUGGAUCCUCACCGCACCCGUCUGAUCACGAUCCAACUCUAAGCGCCUGAAGACCACCAAGCAAACCACAGAGACGGUCAGGCGCUGCGUGGACGUCUUCAGAGCGAGGAACUGGUAGAACAGCAGCUUGUUUGAACAAGCCUGGCUCGCAAACCAAAGAAGGUUCAGUAGGAUGAGAACACUGGGAUGAGUGGAAGAUUUGGGAUUAUGGACUGACUGGCUCAUUGGGUACUAACCAUCUAGCCGAGUUAGUCAGCUGAGCUGGGAAAUAGCUGCUUUUCUGGUGAUCUUUUGGGUACAGAGCUCAGUUAGUGGAGUGUGGACACUGAAGAAAAUCCAGCUGUGGAUACCACAAUAAUAAUAAUAAUAAUAAUAAUAAUAAAUACAAAUCUGUGUAAUUGUGAUUUAAACAAGCAAACAGUCUUUAAAGCUAGACACACACCUUUGUUUACUAUUAUUAUUAUUAUUAAUACUAUCAUCGUUAUCACUUUUAUUAUUAUGACAUCACUGACUCACAGCUACUUCUUCACUCUUAAGUGAAAACGCUCAUAUUUAUUAAUUGAUGUUACGGUCAAAACAUUGGACACCUAACUGGGUUUUUACACCAAAUUCAAGUGGUUUUGAUCCGGCAGCUUCAGAAAAGUUAUGAAUUACUCAUCAGUAGUAUUUGUGUAGUUGUGUAGUAUCAGUAGUAUUUGUGUAGUAUCUGUAGUAUUUGUGUAGUUGUGUAGUAUUUGUGUAGUUGUUUU